AAAAUCCCAUUUUUAGACACUGUUUACAAAAAAAAGGUGCGAUUUGUAAAAAAAAAAGAAAUGAAAUUAAUAAUUCUAAAUUUAUUGGGGGUACAAAUAUCUCUAACUAUUACACCUUUCUUGUUGUUGCCACCCAUCACUGGUUUAUCAUAGAUCAAUAAUUACAUCUAUACACGUCUAGUAUCAUCACUUGAAUUAGAAUACACGUCCAGACUAGAGUGAAAUAAGCUUUGUUUGAUUGGUUUUUUUGUAUGUGUUAUUUGUGGAAGUCCUUCAAGUUUUUUUUUAUGGAUCUGCUGCUUAUAUAGACAUUAGAAGAAACAACCAGAUAAGAUGGAUUCAAUACCGAGGCUGGGAGGUGAUCAUCGACCUAACCAACGGAAAGGUCAGACCCUGAACCAAAGUCAAAAUCAACCUCAAGAUCAACUAGUUCAACAACAUCAACAACAACAAAUUAGAUCUCAACCUGUAAGAGAUAAUGAAGGUAUGCCAGAAUCCUUAGUCAACAAUGGACUAAUUUUGCCAUCCAUCACUAUCCCUAAUGACGAUAAUCCAAACGAUGUGAUCGAAAUAUCAUCCGAUGACGAUGAAGAUGUGGAAGUAACUGAAGUUCGUCGUCAUCCUCCACGAGUAGUGGACGUUGAUAAUGAUUCGUUUAUGCAAGACAGUCAAUCUCAAUCACAACAACGAAAUAAUGAAGACGAUGACGAUGAUGAUAUUCAAAUCACGGGAUCAAAUAAUAACCCUGUGCCUUUAAAUACCCCUAUACCCAUUAUAUCAUCCCAUACCAGAAGAAGAGAUUCACCUAGACCCCCAUCAUCAUUAGAUACUGAUGGGGUUGAAGCAGAUGAUGAGAUUGAAAUCACCGAUUUCAGACCUUUAUCAUCUUUAUUACCACUUAAUAAUGUUGAAAUGAAUGAGAAUGAUGAUAUUUUUUCAGCUCAUUUUGAUUUUAAUCAAGUGUUUGCUCCUUAUUUAUCAAAUAUGUUUGAUGCACCUGUAACUGCAAUAUCACCUCCGUUACCUAAUAACAAUAAUCAUAACAAUCAAAGUCAAAGUAGAAGUCCAAUUCCUACACCUCCUAUCAAUACCCAACAUAACAAUACCCGUGCCAAUAGUCAAAGUCAUAACCAUAUUCAUCGCGUUAGAAUUUCUAAUGGUGAUCAAAUUAUCCCUAGACAUAGGCAUAGAACAAGACAUAAUGUUUUAAAUAAUAACAUCAACAACAAUUCCAGAGUCAGUUUUGCUACUGAUGAUGUGAUUAUCAAUCGUAAUAAUAAUCCUGAUCUGGCAUCCCCAACUCCAUUUGCUGGACCUCCUGUUAGACCUACUAAUUUCCGACAUUUAAGAACAAUUCCAAGAGCAUCAGGAAGAUAUUUCAAUCAAGCUUUUAGUUUCAAUCAAGCUUUGAAUCAUAUACGACAAUUACAUAAUUUAGUAAUGUUUGAAGAUCGAGGAUUAAAUCAAAAUCAAAUUGAUGAGACUGAAAAUUCCAUCAUGCAAAGAAUUGAACGAGAUAAUGAACAUGAAUUAGAUAAUAGAAUUACUCGAGAACGUAAUUUCAAUAAACGGAUUUUGGAAGAUAAACAACAAUCAAUCAAAGAAGAAAAAUCAGGUUAUGUGAAUGAUAUUAAGUCUUCAUCCAAUUUAUGUUGUGAAGUAUGUGCUAUUAUAUUAGGAGAAGGUAUUCCAUCUGAUUUUAAACCUAAUAUCGCAUAUAAUGAAAAUUAUCAAAAAUAUGUUCAACAAUAUCGUGUUAAUGCUCCAUGGUUUUGUAUAACUCAAUGUUCACCCGUUGAUAUUGAAUUAUCAAAGAGAAUCUUUGUGGCGAAAUGUGGUCAUGUAUAUUGUGGAAGAUGUGUUAAAAAUAUCGGUAAUCGACCUCGAAAGACAAAAUCAACUCCUUCAGGGUAUACGAUUCAUAACCCUCAAGUAUAUGCUCCUCAUUCAUGUGCUGCGAAGGAUUGUCAAAAACGAUUAACGCCAAAGAGUUUUACAGAAUUGUAUUAUUAGAUUAGUUUAUCUGUUAUCAUUAUUUGGUUUUUAUUCAUUUCUUUAGGUUUGGACAUUUUUGGUUUAAAAAGGUAUAUAUUAUUGGUCCUUUUUUUCUUUAUUUCUCUUUUCAUUUCUAUUUUGUUUAUGUUUUUUACCUGGUAAAUUUUUUAUAUAUAUUCUUAUAAAAUUGUUUUCUUAUGUAUACCUGGAUUAAUCGUAGACAACAUUGAAGAUUAGGCUAAUAUAAACGUUUGUAUGUAUUCAUUAGGGUUG